CAGAAUAGCGAAGAGGACUCGCCAUUAGAGAGACCCGUCUCAGCAAACUCCUCCGAAAGGGAUCGUCUUCUGAACUCCGAAGACGCUCAGAUUUUCCUUCGCCGAUAUCAUGGGGGUGAUAGAGGUGGAACCACCGAACCCAGUCAGGUACAUCAUCGGAGCGGCGAUCAUGAUCAUCGGAGUGGUCUUACCCGUCGGUUACAUGAUGCUCCGUAACAAGCGCGUCCCUUCUUCUUCCUCUUACUCCAAACAGACGUAGGAACAAAGUUUUGAUAUAAAGGUAUAGGAAACUGAGAGCUUCGGAUUCAAUUCCUGGUUAUUAGGCAGUUGUGAAGAUGGAAACCACAAAGGCGUUGAGUGAUCUACAGAAGUAACAAAUGUAAAUCGCAAUUUGAACUCUGAUUUGUGUUGAAUGUGUUGUUCAGGAAUUCAAUUCAAUUUACUGGAUGAUAUGCUUGUCCGUAGGAUCCUCUCUUUUGAUUCAAUUUUGUCCAUAUUUUCCUAUUCAUUUACCCUUGGAUGAAAACAAUCGUUUGUUCUUUUU